AUGAAGCGGCCCCAGCACUGAGCCCUGAGGCACUGAUCCUCUAUUUGACUCUUGGUUUGUGUGUUUAUUCUCAGGCGUUGGGUCAGGUUGGAAAGGUUUUGAAAGUGUAUGCCGACGGGGAUCUGCGUGUGGCGUUUGGAGGUCAGACGUGGACCUUUAACCCCGCGUGUCUCUCUGCACAGCCUGGUGAGGUCGACGCCAAUCUGAUGACGGCUGAGAACGCCAGCGAAUCAGGAAGUACGGUUAUUUCGGUGCUGGAGAAGCUGCUGUCUCAGUCGACGGAGCAGGAUCACCCGGGACGGCUGGUUAUCGAGGCAGCGCACGGGAGCGCCGUUAAAGUGCGCGAAAUGGUGCAAAAAUACCCUGACAAGGUGGAUAUAAAGAACCAGGGUAAGACGGCUCUGCAGGUGGCUGCCCAUCAGGGGCACGUGGAGGUGGUGAAGGUCCUGCUUCAGGCCAACAGCAGCAUCGAGGCCAAAGAUGAGGACGGAGACGCCGCGCUACACUACACAGCCUUCGGGAAUCAGGCUGAGAUCGCUCGUCUCCUGCUCAGUAAAGGAGCCUCGGUGAACCUGCUGAACAACUCCAUGUGUACGGCGCUGCACAUCGCGGUCAAUAAAGGCUUCACGGAUGUGGUGAGGGUGCUGACGGAGCACUCGGCCGACGUCAACCUGCAGGAUUCAUAUGGAGAUACACCCUUACACGACGCCAUCGCUAAAGACUUCAGAAGCAUCAUUGAGAUUCUGACGGUGGUGCCGAACAUCGACUUCACCCAGCAGAACAACCGCGGGUUCAACCUCCUGCACCACGCGGCCCUGAAGGGCAACAAGCUCGCGACGGAGAUGAUCUUGGCUCGAGCGCGACAGCUGGCUGACGUGAAGAAGGAUGAUGGGUUCUCCGCUCUUCAUCUCUCCGCUCUGAACAACCACCGGGACGUGGCCGAGAUCCUCCUCAAAGAGGGUCGCUGUGACAUCAACAUCCGCAACAACCGCAACCAGACGGCGCUGCAGUUGAGCGUGAAUCAGGGUCACAUGGCCCUGGUGGCGCUGCUGGUGACGGAGGGCGCAGACGUGAACGCGGAGGACGAGGACGGGGACACGGCGAUGCACACGGCUCUGAGCCGCCAGCAGCUGAGCGCAGUCAUGAGCGGCGCCGAGGGGGAGGGGGCCGCGCUCUACAGCAGGUUGAGUAGCUCAGGGCUGAUGGGAAACACGGAGCUGAACGUCGGCUCUGCCAUCGCUUGCUUCUUGGCGCAGGAGGGAGCCGAUAUCAACUACGCCAAUCAUAAAGGAAAAAGCCCACUGGACCUGGUGACGGACAGCAGCGUGCAAACCCUCAUCAGGAGCUUUGCAGAGAAACACAGACUGCAGGCCGUCACGUGUGGCACGGGCACCAGCAGUGCCAGUCUCCGGCGGGUUCACACUACGCCCAACACCAUGACCAACCUGGCGGUGCCGAGUGCGGCGGGUCCCAGCGAGUGCCUGAUCUGCUCCGAGCUCGCGCUGCUAGUGCUGUUCUCCCCCUGCCAACACAGCGUCGCGUGUGAGGAAUGCGCUCACAGAAUGAAGAAGUGCAUCCGCUGUCAGGUGACGAUAACGAAGAAAAUCCGGCAGGACCAGACGGAGGUGGAGUGCAGCCCGAGCUCGGAGAACUCAGAGCAACACAACCUGCUGGAGCAGCUCCAGUCCCGGUACCGGCAGAUGGAGGAGCGCAUCACCUGCCCCAUCUGCAUCGACAACCACAUCAAGCUGGUGUUCCAGUGCGGGCACGCCUCCUGCAUCGAAUGCAGCGCCGCGCUCAAGACCUGCCCCAUCUGCCGGCAGACCAUCCGCGAGCGCAUCCAGCUCUUCGUCUGACCCGGGCUUCGUCUGACCCCGAGGAGUCGAUUCAGAAUCAGCCAUGGAUGCGUGAAAAUCCAUUCUGGAGGAUUUGGACCUUGUGUUUCCGAGUAGCAUGAGGACGUCUGCUGCUCCGACUGGCUAAACAUCUCUAACUACAGUAUUAUGGAGCGAAGAGUGAAGCGAGAUAUAAAGUCAGAUUUGCGUGAAAUAAAGUCACAAUUUGGACUUUUAUUCGCACAAUUGCGUGAUAUAAAGUCAGAAUUGUAAAUAUACGGUC